ACUCACAUACUCCGUAAUUCACACUCCCCCCACUCCAGCACUCCAUUCCUUCCUUCCACUUCUUCCUAAUCCCACAACGGUAAAAUAAUUAUCAUAAACCUUCAUUCUCUGUUCAUCUCCUUCCUCCAAAGCAAUCCUGAGUUCAUUACUUCGAUGUCGAUAAGCUUUCUGGAAAUACCUUAAUUCAUCAUCAUUCAACCCCUUUUAAUCUCUAUUAAUAUUCAUUAUGCCGGAAAUGGAGGGAUCUAUCAAAACCCCUCAAAUUUCCGAAAUGUUCCAGAAAUUCGCUUUCUCUUUUAAAUCCAAAGCUCUCGAAUUCUUCGCUGAUGAUUCUGAAAAGUUCUCUCUCCUUGGUGGUGACGAUAUCGGUAAUCACGAUGAAUUCAUCUCUAAUCAGAAAGUUGUGGUAACGAAGCCUGACCCACCUCAAGAACCUGCUCUAAUUUCUCAGAAAGGUAAAGUUCCGUUAAAUCCACAGUUUAAUCAAACCCUAAUUACUUCGUUAUUUGCUUCAAUUUCGUCGUUUGAGGCUUCUUAUCUUCAAUUGCAAACUGCCCAUGUUCCUGUUUUUGAUGGGGAGGUCUUAAAAAAUGCUGAUGAGUCCUUGGUUUCUCAUCUUCAGACCCUUUCUGAGUUUAAACAGUUGUAUAAGAAUUACUACCAAAACCCUAAUUUUAACGUCGAAUUCUCAACUGGGUCUUGUUUGGAAUUCCAAGUUAAUGAGAAUCAGCAUAAGCUUAGGGCUCUUAAGUCUGUAUUUAACCGAUUGCAGUCUGAAAUCGAUGUUAAGGAUGAUGAGGUUUCGGAUUUGAGGCAGAAAUUGGAGGAAUUGAAUCAGGUGAAUUCGAGGUUGUCGAAAAAGUUGUCCUGUUCUCCAAAGGAGGAAGAGGAGGGUUGUGAGGUUUUGCUAACAAUUAGAGUGUUUGAUAAGAUGUUGAGUGAGGCAUUCAGUUUUUCGCAUAGGUUUACAAAAGUUUUGAUUGGUUUGAUGAAGAGGGCACACUGGGACUUGGAUAUGGUAGCGAGUUCUGUGUAUUCUGGUGUUGAUUAUGUUAAGAAAGGACACAACCGGUAUGCUUUGUUGUCAUAUGUUUGUCUGCGGAUGUUUCAAGGGUUUGAUUUAGAGGAUUUCGGAUUAGGUGUUGAGGAUGUCGGUGUUUGCAAUGGCCAUGUUUCAUCCUCUAAAAGUGAGGAGAAAGCUUCUGUGCGAAAGUUAAAGGAGCAUGUUUCAGGCAAUCCGAUGGAGAUCUUGAGGAAGAAUCCAAAUUGUGACUUCUCGAAGUUCUGUGAGAGGAAGUAUCAAGAACUCAUUCACCCGACUAUGGAAUCUUCGAUUUUCAACAACUUGGACCAGGAUGAAGUAAUAGUAAACUCGUGGAAAUCGUUGGGUGAAUUUUAUGAGUCGUUUGUCAAAAUGGCAAGCUCGGUUUGGGCACUGCAUAAGCUUGCCUUUUCCUUUGAUCCUGUUGUGGAUCUAUUCCAAGUGGAGAGGGAUGUCGAGUUUUCAAUGGUGUAUAUGGAAGAUGUCACCAGGAGAUGUAAAUUUCCUUGCAAAACAAGGCCGAAGGUCGGAUUCACCGUGGUUCCAGGGUUUAAGAUUGGGCAGACAAUUAUUCAAUCACAGGUUUAUUUGACAGACUUGAAUUCGGUGGAGUAAGUGAGACAAAGGGCUUGUACUUCCUUUAUGAAGGGUGGCUAAAGACCAAAGCUACUGCACAUUGAGCCCCAUCAAGUGUUUCAAAUUUUUUGGCUUCAUGAGAUUACAGGAAGGUGUCACAUCCUAAAUGUGUUUGCAAAUGAGAUUAUAUACAAAAGCUGGUUCAGCAUCCUUGAGAAGCUAGCGAAUCAAUUACUGAAGCUGAAGGUUGUUCCCUCCCCAGGUGCAAUUAGGUACAGUGGUUAUAUUGGAUCCCAGUUUUUUUGCUCAUAUUUUCCUUUUCUUAGUAUUGGUUUUAUAUGUUUGAGUCCAUACUCCAUAGGAUUAAGUGUAAAGAAUGCUAGUAAACAAGUCUCUUGAUCAUGUAUUAUGUAGGAAGGUUCUUGUUGAGAGUGAAUACAUACUGAAACUGUGUAUCUAAAUCAUGAGUUGAGAGAGAUAGAAAGCAACAAUAGGCGUAUAUUGUUGUUACCUUUAAAUGUAUAUACGUAUCUUUCAUAUUACAACUAAGUUAUUGAAUCUUUUGCAUCA